AUGGCAUCGACACCCAUAGAACAUCCUUCUACGACUUCCACCUUCCCGACACAGCAGAAGCCUAUCCCGUACAGCUCUGGCAACAGUCUGCGCACCCCACUCUCCUCUAUUCUCCCGCCCCUCAUCUUCGGUACGGCUACCUUCAAUCACCAGUACAACUCCGACCCAUUCGCGCUCGAUACCACCGGAUUAGUCACUUCUGCUCUCACUCAUGGAAUCCGUGCCUUCGACACGUCUCCAUACUAUGGGCCAUCCGAACAGCUGCUCGGGGAGGCCCUGGCGACGCCCUUCGUCCGCGAGACGUUCCCCCGCGCCUCAUACUUUAUCUUGACGAAAGUUGGUCGCAUAGCCGGCGAAGAGUUUGAUUACUCCGCGCCAUGGGUUCGACAAAGCGUCGCACGCAGUUUGGAGCGUCUUCAUACCGACUACCUAGACCUCGUCUACUGCCACGAUGUCGAAUUCGUCUCCCCAGCCGAAGUCCUCGAGGCGGUCAAGGAAUUGCGCCGGAUAAGGGACGAGGAAGGCACGAUCCGAUACAUUGGUAUCUCUGGAUAUCCAAUCGAUGUGCUGGGCGACAUGGCGGAAUUGGUGCUGCGAGAGACUGGCGAGCCGCUCGAUGCGGUGCAAUCGUACGCAAACUUCACGCUCCAGAAUCAGACUCUUGCCGGACCUAGCGGUAUCCAGCGUCUUCGCAAUGCCGGCGUCGGUGUCGUACCUAAUGCUUCGCCUUUGGGAAUGGGACUUCUUCGUCGGCAGGGCGUUCCUGUCGGUGCGCUGGGAGACUUCCAUCCCGCCUCCCGUGAGCUGCGAUCUGCGGUCCGCGCAGCGAGCAACUUCUGCGACAGACAUGGGGAGAAGCUGGAAGUCAUCGCCAUCCGCUUCGCCCUCGAGACCUGGAUAUCUGCCGGCGCUAUUUGCGGGUCAAAGGGUGAUCCUGCUUCUGGUGUCCCCUGGAAGCAGGAGUCGAACGACGAUGUUGGAGGUGCUAAGCUUGGUGUCUCGGUCAUCGGAGUUUCCAGACCUCCCGAACUGGAGAAGACUAUGCUCGUCUGGAGAAGUAUCCUCGAUGGGCUUGAGGGAGGCGAGGAAACUGCUGUCCAGGCCGGACGGUGGUACCGAGCGUGGGAGUGGUCAAGGAAUCGGAGGAAAGCGGUGCAGAUCCUAGCUGAAGGCGUCCAGGAGAUACUAGCCGACUGGUUCGGCUACGCAUGGCCGAGCCCAUCUCCUGGCUUCGUCAACCAGCAGAAGAAGGGCGUGAAGAGUCCACACGAUGUGGAGGCCCCGUGGCUCACGCCUGCCGCUAGUCCGGAGCCUGUGCCUGUGGAGGGAGGCGAGGUGGUAGAAGAGAAAAGUCUUCCUUUGCGAUGA